AUGAUUUGUGUUUCAGGUGAGGCUGCUCGAGAAACCGUUUACCCGUGCAGAGUAUGCGGCAAGAUCUAUUCGAGAAAAUCCUCCAUGUACACGCAUCUCCGCCUUUGCGGAAAGGAACCGAAAUUCAACUGCGUCCUUUGCGGCAGAAGGUUCAACUCACUCGCAGAAGGUGUGGAUCUGCUUUCAAUGUGGCAAACGUUAUCAGUGGCGUGGUUCCUUGAAGAAUCAUAUCCGGGUGGAAUGUGGCAAAGAACCUACUUUCAAGUGUCCCAUUUGUGGCAGGAAGUUCAAGCAUAA